AUGAUAACAGGAAUCGCCCACAUCAACCUCAUAGUCCCAGAGGGCACACUAGACCAAGCGGAAGAAUUCUACAGCGGAAUCUUGGGUUUCAUCCGUGUUCCGGUACCUCUUCUCCAGAAAGACAGACUUGCAUGGUUCGAUAUCACACCUAAAGGUCAACAAAUCCAUAUUGCCUUUGGACCGCCAGAACAGAAGUCUUCAAGACAUCCAUGCUUUAAGAUUGAUACUCAGGGGGGGUUGCUGGAGUUGCAAAGGAAUGUCUGGGAUCAUCAUGUUAGGGGUGGGAAAGCGGCGGCUUUGGAGGCGGAUAAGCCGGGGGAGGAGAAUAGUGGAGCAAAAGGAGUAGAAUAUCCAAGUCGAUUUUUUGCGAGGGACUAUGCUGGGAAUAGGUUGGAGUUCAGCUUGUAG